CCCAUUGGUCUGGCCGUCGAGACACACAACUGGCUCCGAGAUGUACGGCUCAAGUGUCGCUGGUUUGACGGCGACGUGUGUACGGCUACGGCCAUAGCUCUAAGCGCCGUUCAUCGGCACGAAGACCAGUGUCCCAAUAGACCCGGACUGCGGCCGCGCACAACCGCCACACCGAGUCAACCGAUCGGUCCGCUAUACGCGUGCCGACACUGCCAUCACGUGUACUCAUAUCCGUUAAUCGGACGACUGUGCGGACAAUGCGGUCAAAGCACAACAACCCCGGAGAUGAUCCGCUUUCCGCACGCAGUGCUGGUCGAGUACGUAAUGUUUGGCACAUUUGUGGCCACAAUCACUGGUAUGGAUGUGACCGCAAAGGGAUUCAAACUGAAACGAGUGCUUAAGAACUGCUCGAAUUCGACCAUAAGGUUCCGGUUGGCCAUUGACUUGCAUUUCCGAGAUAUGCAAGAAUUGUAUUACUGUUUGAGUCCAUCGCUUCCGGCGCUGUUCGUGCGGCUCAACAACGAGGCCAACGUCCGGCUCCAGGAGGACCUGUGUGUCGGCGACCGAUCGCCCAAUGGUUUCAAAUUUGACGUCAAGUCUCAAGACCCUCGGGAACAGUACGUGAUUGUGGUGUUAAAAGACAAGAUUGUGGACAACUUUGCCAAAGCACUGGCCGAGUGUGUGACACACGAGCGCCCGGACUCCGACACGAUUUGCAUGGCUUUGGAUGAGUCGGACAGUUGGCAGCUGUUGAUGAGGGCCCGCAGUAAAUGUGAUAGUAUUAAAAACAGCGGCCAUUUCUACACGCAUUUAAUUUAAUAUGGUUACUUAAUACUACUGUAUACUGUACAUGUUCAUUUCUAGAUUGUUAUUCCGG